AUGCCAAAGAAAAUUGAUAUUACUGACAAACCGGGGUUUUCAUACUUUAUUACCACGCCAUGUGAAGAAUGGGAUGCACUAGAAUAUCAUGAGGAAUGGUGUGCAUCCAAACAUCCCAUUAACAAGGCAACGAUCACGUUAGCAAUCACGCGACAGCUAGAAUGGCUUAUGAAGGAAGGAUCAGAAGAAGAAAAGAAGGAAGCUAACAGAAUGUUUAAGCAAUUUAAAGAAGGUGUAAAAGCUGGUGGGUGUAUUGAUGAUUUUUGGAUUAAGAUGGAUUUGGAGAGGAAAAUAAACUUGCAAGAAAUCAAGGUUUCUGCAGAAGUUCGUAAAAUACAG